AUGUCUAAGAGUAGCUGUUCUACUAUCAUCACAGCACAUGAACGAAAAUCAUUUUCUAGUUACGGAACACAGUCCGUUCGUCUUGGAAGGGACUCUCAGCAAUGUUUUGGAAAAUGCAACAUUUGCAUGAGUCAAUUUAAAAACCCGGUGUCAUGUCUCAGAGGCCACAUAUUUUGUAGGGACUGCAUUUACGAAUCGCUCUUGGCUGAAACCGAGGAAUACAAAAAAAAUGUCAGUCAGUGGAAACAGCACAUCAAAGUGCUGAAAAAGCAACUAGAAGAAGACUUGAUGAAAGAGCAGCAAAAGAAGAUCGAUUCUUUUACAAAGCAAGAGUCGCUGCUGUCUCCAAGUAUCGGUGAUACCGAAAAUGAAAUUAGAGAGCAUCGAGGAGAUAAAAAUGUUACCACACCUUUUUGGCUUCCGACUGAAGCACCGAGCGCCAAGCGUGCAAAGAUCUCAAGUCCGAAACCACAAUUGAAAACCCACUGUCCAAACGGGCAUGAGCUAACCAUUCGUCAGCUAAUUAAUAUCAAGUUUACGGUUUCGGGAACAAAAGGAGAAGAGGUUGCUGAUACCGAUGUGAGCCAGUACAUUUGCCCAACUUGCUAUAAGAACCUUUCGAGUAUCUCUAAAGUCGUUUUGCUGAAGGCGUGCGGACAUGCGUUGUGCUAUCUGUGCCAGGAUGAAUUUUUGAAAUCUGCAAAAGCGUGUCCUGUUUGCAAUGAACCAUGCAAAGAACCCGAGGAUAUCAUAACCCUGCAGUCACCAGGAUCAGGGUUUGCCAGCAGGGGCUCAACUGUCGUCAAAAAGGAUACGCCUGUAGCACGCAUUGUCUAACGACAAAAAGGAAAAAAAGGGGUCCAACACAUUCAACCUGAAAAUGAGCAUGUGCAUCUGUAUUCGCGAUACAUGCGCUACGCAUACGUGCAUAGAAGGAAAAAAUAUUGCAACUUUACGUCUUAUUCAAAAAUUUCUAUAUUUUA